AUGGAAUAUGAUCAGCAACACCAGCACAGCUCCACCAAUGAUUACCAGCUAGACAGCCUCGAGCCUAACACCUCACUCAUGUCCGCAUUUGCACCUACCGCGGCGAGCAACGAUAGCAGCAAUGUUGGUGGUCCUCAACGGCGGCGUAGGUCUACACAGAGUGUCUACCAUCAUCCUUACGUCAACACCGCCAACAACAUCGGUGGUAAUGGGAUGCCCAAGCAGAGACAGUCAAGAAAGGAAUCCACGUCUUCGCAGUCUGAUAACGAGAGCUCUGUGUCGAAAGCUAUAAAUACUGUCAAUGGUGAUAAAGCUCAAUCUGCGCGCCAGACUGAUAAUACUCCAUUCAAGGGCUACCUAGAAGCCGUACACGAUGAACAGGAUAGGCUUUGUUGGCUUAGAUGCACGUUCUGCAAAGUAUUUCCUGAGCGCGGUGGCGCUAACGCUCAUUCUACAACCCCGGAUCGUAUCAGAAAACAUCUUCCUGCUUGCAAGGGUGCUGUUCCUGACGAUCUUAGGACUGCUGCUGCGAACGGUACCAGGACAAAUAGCACGGCUGAUUUAACACUAAAGGAAACCACAAAUCAGACAUUCGUUCCGCCUCAAUCACCCGCGCCUAGACGAGAAGACGGCCAGAAGAGGAGAAAGGGAAGAUAUAGCGCAACGUCUGCAAAUGCUGCGAGCCACGCUGCUAGCCAGGCGGCGUCUGCAUCUGUAUCUGCUCCUCCGCCUUCGUCUGCAUCUUCAGCCAGCACUCACAGCACUCACAACAUCCACAACACUCACAACCACAACACUUCUUCGACAGUCUCACCGCUGACACCUACUAUCGAGAAUAUUAGCCAAUCUAUCAAUACCUCCAACCAAACAAACAGCAAUAACCUCGCCAAUGGCAUCGCUCUUGACCAGCUCCAUGUCUUGAAAUCUAGACUAGAUUCGAUUGAACUGCGCACACCGAAGGAGAUGUCAGGACUGAAGAACGAGAUACACAGUAUACAGAGAGAUAUGAAGACAUUGAAUGGAAAGGUUGAGCAAUUGCUUGGAUAUAUGGUCAUGAACAGCCAUUUCCACCAUACACACUCUCAAACACCACGCCAGUCGCCGCUGCUAUCACAAUUCCCAGUAAAUGCAGCUGCGGGAGCUGAAGUAUCUCCUACGAACGUCCAGGACAGAAUCGAGGUAGUCAGAAUGUCUAACGACGAUGACUCACCGGAGCCCAAUGAGAAUGAACAGCCAAGGCAGAUGCCUAACGGCCAUCAAACAAACGGCCAACCUCAGUUCCGUGACAGUUGGUUCGCUGAGUCUAACAAUCUUGUUGACGUGCAGUGA